UCUCGGGGAGUUCAGUUUCUGCUCAACAUCUGGAUCUCCAGUAUACAACAGACGUGAUAACGUGAGUCCACAUCUGAUCUAGCUCUUGGUCUGGAGCACCGCCAAUCUUACGACGCACGCUUGCUCAUCUUCAGAUACCCCGCGCACGGCGCGUCGAUCUGCCGCCAGAGACCCCGAUAAGGCGAAUAGGCGAUAACCACCACCUCGCAAGAAUCACCACCCCAUCAUCAGCACUCGACAUGGAUCCCGACGACGAGGUCGCGUUCGAGUUCGUCCCCGUGAUCCGGCAGUACAAGAGCGGCCGCGUCGAGCGCCUGCACCACGUCCACCCAGUCCCGCCCUCCGUGGACGCCGCCACCGGCGUCACCUCCAAGGACGUCACCAUCGACGCGGUCACCGGCCUGUGGGCGCGCCUCUACCUCCCCGACCUCUCAACGCGCCCCUGCGGCGGCGGCGAGGACGGGCGGCUCCCCAUCGUGCUCUACUUCCACUGUGGCGACCUCGUGGUCGGCACGGCGUCCGACGCCCCCGAGCACGCCUUCCUCAACCGCCUCGCGGCGCGGGCCGGCGCGCUCGCCGUGUCCGUGGAGUACCGCCUCGCGCCCGAGCACCCCGUCCCCGCCUGCUACGACGACGCCUGGUCCGCGCUCCUGUGGGCAACAACCGCCGCCGCGGACCCGUGGGUCCGUGACCACGGCGACGCGGCGCGCGUGUUCGUGCUCGGGUUCAGCUCCGGCGGGAACGUCGCGCACAACCUCACCCUCCGCGCCGGGUCGGAGCCGGACCGCCUCCUCCUCCCGGGCGGCGCCCGGGUGGAGGGGAUGGCGCUGGUGCACCCGUACUUCCUGUCGCCGUCGUGCGACACGGCGGCGGGGAAGGAGUGGCUGCGCGGCAAGCUGGCGGAGCUGUGGGUGUUCGCGUGCGGCGGGCGGACGACGGGGUCCGACGACCCGCGCGUGAACCCGCUCGCGGAGGGGGCGCCGAGCCUGAGGCGAGCCGGGUGCCGGCGGGUCCUCGUGUGCCUCGCGGAGGACGCGCUGGUGGCCGAGGGCAGGGCGUACCACGACGCGCUGCUGGCGAGCGGGUGGGCGGCGGAGGACGCCGAGCUCCUGGACUCGAGGUCAGCGGACCACGAGUUCCACCUCCGCGAGCCCGAGAGCGCCAAGGCCCUGCUCCUCAUGGACCGCCUGGUCGCGCUCAUCACCGGGAACCAGUAGAAGUGUACUUGUGUCUAGUGUUCGGAAUGAUAUGCUCCCGUGUUGCUGAUGUGGCUGAAUAAUGAAAGAAUUUUCG